UAUAAAAUCCCUUUGUCUCAAAACCCAGUUGUUCUGCCUUCUGUCAGUGGCCAUAAACCAGAUAGAUACCAGUUGUUCAGCAAGACGUCACAAUGGGCGAUCAGCAGAUACGAAGGCCUGGAAAUCCAAAAAUGGACAUCAAACCUAAGUCAAAGAUUUCAGCAUCAAGGAAACUUUCUCUAAAGAUAAUGCUUCUUAACAGAGCAAUGGAGGAUUUGGAAAACGAGAAACAGGAACGGGAUGAAGAGAAAAAUCGCUACCUCACAGAAAAACACCCUCCUUUGCAGAUUUCUGGGCUCUCUCUAGAGGAGUUACAGAAUCUAUGCAAGCAGCUCCACGCAAAAAUCGAUGUAGUAGAUGAGGAGAGGUACGGCUAUGAGGAUAAAGUUAUCAAGCACAACAAAGAUAUCAAUGAACUUAAGAUGAAAGUUCAGGAUCUAGGAGGGAAGUUCAAGAAACCCGCCCUGAGGAAGGUGCGUGUGUCUGCCGAUGAGAUGAUGAGGGCUUUGCUGGGCUCGAAACACAAAGGCUCCAUGGACCUCCGUGCAAAUCUGAAGUCGGUCAAGAAGGAGGAUAUAAAGCAAGAAAAGGUCUUGACCAGUGAAGUAGGUGACUGGCGUAAGAAUGUGGAAGCCAUGUCUGGCAUGGAGGGAAGAAAGAAGAUGUUUGAUGCUUAAAAGACGUCUAAUAGCUGUCCAAACACAGUCCUAGUUUAGGCUAUAACAAGGCAAAAUUUGGCAUGUCAGUGAAAAUGUAAUAGAGGUCUAACCAUAGUCCAAGAAUAGAUGCACAGGCUACGCAUUAAACGUGUCCGCUAUCUCACGACCAAUUCGUACGAGUGAUUCAAAAGUGGCUAGUUCGUACCUCACUCGUAUGAAUUCGUACGAUUUGUCUAAACCCACGUGAUGGUUAUGUUUAGGGGCGGGGUCAGGUGUAGGUCAUUCGUACGAAUUCAUACGAAUUGGCUAAUUCGUAAAAUAUGAACGAUU